CACAGGAAGUAAACGUGGGAAUGAAUAUGCGUGAACAGUACAGCAGCGUACCAGACAAAGGAAUGGAGCCUCAGAUGCUGGUCCUUGCUCUCAGUUUACUGUGUCACCUUUCAGAUGCGGUACCGACAGAUGAUGGCUUCCCUAGUGAGGAUAUCACAUCGUGCAAGAUUUCGUCAGGAGUGACUGAUGACGAGGCAAAAGCACUACAGGAGAGUAAAACGGUGCAGGACGAGUCCAAUGAUUCACACAAGUGCUUCGUCGCCUGUCUUAUCACACAAUAUGGUCUGAUGAAAGACGACAAGAUGGACGUGGAAUUUUUGGUAGCCGUUAUGAAAACAGCAAGACCAGAAAAUGUCACGACAUUUGAUGAUCAAAAGGAAGCUGAAUACAGGAAAAAUGUUAAUGAUUGCAACAAAGAAACCGGAGAAGGGAAAUGUGGUUCCGGUUACAAUGUAUGGAAGUGCUUUUCCGAGAUGUCAGUCAGAAUGGCGCUGGCUGAAAUGGCGGAGAAUUCGUAGUAAACGCUGAUGUAUUUUCAUCACUAUACCCAAGAGCAGCCCGACUACAAACAUUAUCACGAACAGAGUAUGUAAUCACAGAAUCUAUUUAACAGCUCUAUCAUGAAAUGAAUCCCAAAAUUUCAGAAUUUCAAACAAUUUUAUUGUAACGUAAAUUGUAAAAUCGAACAGUGUCAUUACUAGGGGCUACCGUAAUAGAUUUUCAUAUAUAAGUUGGUCUAUUUCAAUAUACUAUUUAUAUCAUUAAUUGAAUAAACUUUAAGAAUUUCUGGUGUAAGAUGAAAGAUGUAAACUUUCACAUUAAUUAUGUUACUUCACGAAAUAUUAUUUGUUUCAUACUAAGGUACUGAUGUAAUGGAUAUGUGUGUUUCGACAAGAAUUAAAUAAAGGUUUUUGCAAGUAAGACAGCAUGGAA